AGGCAAACCAAUAACCAACAAACAACGAAAGCAAGGCGAAGUCAGUCACACAUUCGGAUCACAAUUCGAAUUAUAUUUGCGCAAUAUACAAGAAAAAGCUUUCAGUUAAUUUUCUUCUUAGCUAUUUUUAUUCAAUCAUUCUUUGAAAAUCAUCUGCCUGGUGAGGUAGUACGGAGAAUAUUGGUGCAGUUCACAUCGCUUUUUGCAAAUAAUUAUAUGCAAAAAGAAAAAAUUGCGAUACAUUUCUUUGUAUUCACGUGUGAGUUCGGUUGUAUGUGCGUGUGAAAAACGAAGGAACAAGAAAGCAAUUGGCCCAAAGGAAGACAAGCAAAUAAUUGGCAAAUUUGCAAGCGUGUAAUUUUAGCGAAAAUAGCAUAAACUACUGGAAUAAUUGUGUUUUUGGGAAAAUAUAAAGUAAUUUAUAGAAUCCAAAAUGCAGCAAAUGACCCAAAUUAUUACAAAUUUACUUUCUUCGGAUAACGAUGUAAUCAAAAAGGCUACCGCUGAUUUGCAAGAGGCUUACAAGCGUCCUGAGACUAUACCAGCUCUUUGCGAAAUUGCCGUAUCAGCACCGGAGCCACAGGUCCGUCAAUAUUCUGCUGUACUACUCAAGAAGCACUUGGCAAAAUUGCGUCAAUGGAACAAAGUACCAGUUGAGCAACAACAACUUAUUAAGCAAGGUAUGCUUAAUGCCCUCAUGCAGGAGCAGCAAAAGUCUGUACGUAAAGCUAUUGCUCAAUUUGUUGGUGUUUUGGUGCGUCAUGAAGCCAAAAAGUCCGACUCAUGGAUGAGCGAAGUGUUGAAGUUCAUCUACAGCAAUUGCUCUUCGGCGGAUCCCAAGCAGAGCGAGUUGGGUUCAUCAACAUUUGCCAUUUUGGCCGAUGCGGCACCCGAUCAAUUCUUGCAACAUAUGGAAUCGGUUUGUGAAAUGUUCACUGCUGCAUUGGUGGCCACCGAAGCCACCGGCAACAUGGCAACGCCUGUUAUUUUCAACAUUCUAACUGGCAUGACUUACUUGGUGCCAUUCACAUUGGGUCACAACACAGCGGAACAAACGUUACAGAAGUCCAUACCGUUGAUUGUUAAAUCACUUCAAGCAUUUGCUGUGCAACCUGAGGUCGAUCAAUUUGUACAUGCCUUCGAUAUUCUCGAGAGUAUGGCAGAUUUGAAUGCUAAACUACUGAACAACCAUAUCAAAAUGCUGUUGGAGUUCUGUUUGGAGGCAGCAAGUAAUGCCCAGCUGGAUAGCGCUGUGCGCAUUAAGGCCGUCGCCUAUGUUGGCUGGUUGGUGCGCCUAAAGAAGAAAUUGAUAAUCAAACAAAAGUUGAUCGAACCCAUAAUCAGGGUAGUUUUCAAUUUGAUGGCAACUGAACCAGAGGACGAAGACGAUGAUGAAGAAUACUUUUUGGGUGAAGACAACUCAAACCCCAUGACAACGGCUACCCAAACAAUGGAUCUGCUGGCAUUGAGCGUACCACCAGAGAAGUUGAUUCCGCCAUUGUUGCAGCUAUUGGAACCCGCCUUGCAGGGCCAGGACCCACUGCCACGUCGUGCUGCCUACUUGAGCAUGGCUGUUAUAGCCGAAGGCUGCUCGGAGGCUAUUUGCAACAAGUACCUCGAAACAAUGUUGAAUAUUGUCAAAGUGGGCAUCACCGACCCAAUACCACUUGUACGCAAUGCCGCCUUCUUUGCGCUCGGACAAUUCUCCGAGCAUUUGCAGCCUGACAUCACCAAAUUCGCACCACAAAUUCUGCCAAUACUCUUUGAGUUCUUACAUCAGCUGUGCAAUGAAUUGCGAAGCGGCGGCACUGAACCCAAGCACAUUGAUCGUAUGUUCUACGCGCUGGAAACGUUCUGUGAAAAUUUGGAAGAUGAAUUGGUGCCACACCUGCCGGUGCUUAUGGAAAUCUUAUUCGAAGCUCUAAACCCCAACAACUCGGUUCGUGUGCGCGAAUUGGCUUUAAGUGCCAUUUCUGCUGCAGCGAAUGCCACAAACGAGAAUAUGUUGCCCUAUUUCCCACGCCUCAUCACCAUUUUGCAAUCAUAUUUGGCACCAACUGAAAACGAGGAUAUCAUCAGUUUGCGCCCACAAGCCAUUGACACCUUGGCUGCCUUGGCACGCACGAUCGGCAAGCAAAAUUUCAUGCCGUUAGCCACCGACACCAUGACGUUCGCCUUGAAUUUGCUCGAAAAGGCCGAGGAUCCGGAUGUACGUCGCGCCCUUUACAAUCUUAUUGCUUCUUUGGCCGAGGUAGUAAAUGAAGAGAUGGCCUCCGUGUUCCCGAAGGUAAUUGAACGCAUGUUUGACUCCAUACUCUCUACGGAGGAGGUAGUCCCGGAAUUCAAAGACGAUGAUGGUGUGCCAGCUCCAGCCGAGGAGGCCGAUGAGAACGAAGAUGAUAUCGAUAUUGAAAACUCUGAUGGAGAAGAUGAUGAUUUGGACAACAUUGCUGGAUACAGUGUUGAAAAUUCCUACUUGGAUGAGAAGGAGGAGGCCAUUUUGGCAUUGAAGGAAUUUGCCGAGCAUACCGGCGCCGCUUUCAUUCCUUAUUUGGAGAAAUCUUAUCAAAACGUUUACAAGAUGAUCGAUCAUCCACAGGAAGAUAUACGCAAAGUUUCAAUUGACGCAUUGAGCUCAUUCGUUGUGGCGCUCUUCAAGCAGCAAGAUGUGCAAGGCGUCUCCAAUGCCAUUACAAUCUUGAUACCUAAAUUGGGUCAAAUUGUGCACGAUGACGAAGAAGUAUCCGUUGUUUUGUCUGCCCUCGAAGGUUUGGGUGAUCUUCUUAAAGAGCUGAAGCAAAUCUCUUUGCCAACUGUCGAACUUCGUGACGUUGUCUUCGCUUGCAUAACCGACGUUCUGCAGGGCAAGGUCGCUUGUCAAUUUGACGAGUCGACUGGCGAUGAUGAUGAAGAUGCUGAGGAGAGCGAAUACGACGAGGCCAUUGUAGAGGGUGCUGGCAAUAUGCUGCCACUCUUAGGCGCAGCAAUGGGAGCCGAUCAAUUCAGACCAUACUUUGAGCGCACCUAUCCGAUUAUCUUGCAGAAAUUGCAAAAGGCAAAGAAAAACGAAGACCUUGAAUCACAGCGCGCUUUCGCCUAUGGCGCUUUAGCUGAAUGCUUUGCACCACUGGGAAGUCACACCGGUACAUUCUUCAACGCAUUCUGUCCAGUUAUGAUCGGUGGUCUCACUGACGAGUUCGAUCAAGCUCGCCAAAACGCCGUAUACGGCCUGGGUGAAUUGGUGCUAUACUCCGGAGAUAAAUCAUAUGAAGCUUAUCCACACAUUCUAAACGCCCUCUCCCAGGCCGUUGCCAAGGAGGCCAAGCCAAGUGCAUUGGACAAUAUUUGUGGUGCUAUUGCACGUCUUAUCAUCAGCAACAUUUCGUUGGUGCCGCUUGCACAGGUACUACCAGUAUUCAUGCAACAUUUACCACUACGCGAAGAUUUCGACGAAAACGCCUCAAUCUUCAAGUGCUUGAAGCAGCUAUAUUUGCAAGCACGAGACGCAAUUGCCGGUUCAUUGGAACAGGUCAUUGCCAUUGCCAUACAUGUGCUCUACAAAAAUGAAUACACAGAAAAGGAUACAUACGACACAGCGUUGGGUCUACUGCACGAAAUUCGUGAAAAUUAUCCCGACAAAUUCAGUGCUGUGGCCAUUUCGAACCCCGAAAUUGUUGCUUACUUGCAAACGCUGUAAAUGAGAAUGGGAUGAAUGACAUGUCAAUGAAUAGCAAGUGGACAUAAAUUUCAUGUAUUUCAGCUAAUUUUGCAAUUAUUUGAAUUUAUAAUGUAUGGUAAAUGGUUAUAUACACCAUUGCAAUUAACAUAGAAAGAGUAGUUUAGAAGACGGCAUACAUACAGAGACACCCCUCGCUAAUCAAACGAAUAUCAAAUAAUGCAACAAUUGAAAUCUCUCUGUAAUUCGGUACUAAUUCGUUCGUGUUAUUUUCCUUACUUCCCCGGGGUGAAUCAAAGAAUAAAAAAGACUAAGACUGCGCGCAUUUUCAAAACAAUGAAACAAAAAAUGCUUUCUUGCUGUUCAAUCGCAGCUGAUAAAGCAAAUUUUUAACCAGGGACUGAAAUUGAAAACGAAUAUGUAACAUGAAAUUUUUAUAAAAAUUGUUAAAAAGUAGUAUUUACUUUAAUUAAUUUUAUUUUUCUAUUUUUGCACAGAAUUAUUUUUGUGAAUUUUCCGAUUCAAUGAAGCUGGUAUAAAUAUUUCUUUUUGAAAAAUAUAUGUAAAUGAAAAAUAUUAAUAUAAUUACGUAUCAGUCCCUGUUCGAACUUAAGUAUUUGUAUAAUUAAAUAUUAAUUUUUUGCAUGUUUUGAAAAAUUAACACAAUUUAACUAUAUUAAUUCCAUAUAUUUUCUAAUUACUUGAAGCAAACGAAUUCAAUUGAUAAACAUUUUUGAUGAAAUCCUUAGUAUCCUACUGUACAACAAAGGCAGUAAUUUAUUAUUAUUUAUAGUUUAAUGAGUAAUGAGUAAUGAAAAGCAACAUGUAAUAGUAAUGAAUACUUGUAUACUCGAUCGUUAAACGUUAAACGUCCGCAUAAGGCAACUAAGACACAACAACUACUACAUAAAUUACAUUUUUAUUUUGUUUAAAAAACACUUCGAACUGGUUAUUAUAGAAAGAAAUAAAAAAAAUUAAAACUUAAAAUGCCUUAGAUUUAAACAUAGUUUUGUAUAUUUAAGAUAUACACAUGGAGAAGCCUUCCACAUACAAAUUUCAUCUCCAAAAUUCCUCAAAUAAAAUAAAGACAAUUUUCGUAAAAAUUGUAUUUUCGCAGCGUCGCAAUAUUCGACGCGCUCAAUUGUUCAAUGCAAAAUCUGCAUGUUAUGUGUGCAUACGCUAAAUCUUCUCCGCCUCAAUGGAGGUGGUCUUUUAAUCUCCAAGUGAAUAUAAAAAGGCUGUGAUAUAAACUCUGUGUCAAGUUGUUAUAAAACAAAAGAAAGAAUACGAAAACAGUUCGCGUGUCCCAAAGACGCUUGCGUACACAUCACAACAAGAAAUAAAAUAUUUUUGUUUCUUUUAUUUUAAAGCUGGCACAUGCUUCACCUUACAUUUUUAUCAUUCAAUUUUUAACCCACACAGGUCAUUCACAACUGCUGCAGUGUUUGGCUCCUUGAUCUCCCAAUGUGUUCCCAUAUUUAUUUAUGUUUAAUUUUAGUUGGUUUGACCAACAACACUUAACCCCCUCUCCCCUCACAACACCCACACAGUGGGCACUGCAGACUUGCUACACAGUCAAUUAAACAUCGGUUUUAGUGUUUGUCUAAAACUUUGCUGUGUUUUAGCGUAUAUCCCCUAUAAGUUUAUCCGAAAGUUAGGCAUUGCCAGUGCGCAAAACUUAAAUUUUAUUUUUAACGCUUUUUUCAUCAUUACAUUCUAGUAUGUAUUACACAGCAAUUGAAUUAAUAAUAAUAAAAAUUAUUAAAAUUGCAUACUCAAUCCAUGUUUAAUAAAACGAAAUGCGAUUCGUUUUUUUUUCUCUCAAUAAAAUAAAAUGAUUUGUAACUUCAA